AUGGAUUUCUCUACGGAAAACAGCCAGAACUCGGCUCCUGGCAGCGUCCAGGCCGCUAAGCUUGGCGGCUCGCGCAAAGGACCUGAUGCUCAGAGCGUGACGAAGCGGUUGCAACCAGAGCUUAUGCAACUCAUGACUUCGCCCGCCCCGGGCGUGUCAGCGUUCCCCGGUGCCGACGGCAACCUGAUGACAUGGGCGGCCACCAUCGAGGGGCCCGACGACACGCCGUACUCGGGCCUGACCUUCAAGCUGUCGUUCGCCUUCCCCAACAACUACCCCUACGCGCCGCCCACGGUGCUCUUCAAGACGCCCAUCUACCACCCCAACGUCGACUUCUCGGGCCGCAUCUGCCUCGACAUCCUCAAGGACAAGUGGACGGCGGCCUACAACAUCCAGACCGUGCUCCUCAGUCUGCAGAGUCUGCUGGGAGAGCCGAACAACGCAUCACCACUGAACGGAGAGGCCGCCGAGUUGUGGGACAAGGACGCCGAGGAGUUCAAGCGGAAGGUCCUCGGCCGCCACCGGGACGUGGAUGACGAUUGA